UUUAGACGGUAUUUUUUCAACGCCAAGUUCAUUCCUUAUGGAACAGUUAUGAUUUAUAUACAUUACAACUUGGAGUCAAAUCAAAGGAGUCGCAGGUACUUUUGUCAUGGCAAAUCCAAAAUUGAAAAUUGCUUCACCACGAUUAUUUCUAAAAUCCGUGAUUCCAUCCUUCUCCAACUCCCAUGGCAUCCAAUCUGGAGAAAAUCGUCAGCAUUUCAGCACCCAUCGUCAUCCACUCGCAAGGAAUCAGCGUGGUGGAGCUGUUCGCAGAUCGGCACAGAAUGCCCGAAUCGAUGCUACCGGAUGUCGCUUCCUUGAUGUUUGUCACGGCAACUAGCAUGAUUGUCACGAAAUGGUUGGAGAAAAAUCCCGCACGACUUUUGGGUCACGUAGGUGACGGUAGAGGUGGCGGAGUGGAAUCGUUAGUCUAUCUGUUGAUUGGGGUUCUUGCCAAUGUAGCUGCUUGUGAUUUGUCGUUGCGGGUGUUAUGGAUACCGAUUCAGUACUUUCUACGCUACUUGAAGGAUCAGCAAGUAUUGGUUUUCGCGAUCCGUUGGAUGUUCUUCUAUUUUCGUUACUUCCGGUUUACACGGCACGUUCUCAUUAGCUGGAUCAAAGCGGCCCAUAACGAAACCGGCUUCCUGUUUGCGCGGAACCUGGUGGCCGCUGCAUACCUGCUGACCACAUUGCAUGCACUCUAUUAUUUUGCUGUAGUUAAGAGGCUACGCAACCUGAGAAACAAAAGAAAUCAUCCAUCCAUGUGCUGCGACGCGAGUGAGAGAUGAGCAGUAAAAUUGCACUGUUCCUAGCCGUUCUUCUUCACGCCGGACUGAAAAUUUUAGUUUUUAUGGAUCCACCAAUGAAUGCCUCCGGAUGCUGCACACUUCGUCUCAACGCAAGAAGUGUUCUAUUUCUAAGUUCGAUCGUUAUGUAUCUCUCAAAAACCAAGAUAUUUCCGCAGCGAUAUCGUAAGGUUCCCGUAUCGGCCCAGGCUGUGGUAGAAUUUUUCUUUUUCCUGCUAUCGAUAGAAAUUGCCAUGAUAGCGGGCUGGUGCCGAAUAGAAGCGUUGCUGUUCAAACUACUCGAAUGUAUGUCCUCGGGCCAGCAGUCCAUGUUGUACGCCGAUAUGGGCGGUGAAAGCUUGGUGGAAUUUUUGGUCACGUUGCUCAGUUUUGUUGCCUUUGUAAUAACGGCAACGGCCACUGGAUACACGGAUGUUGUUUCGGUAGUUUGUAGGAAAGCAAUGAACAAGCUGGAGGAAGUGAUAGAAAAAGUACGAGGGAAAAGAAAUACGGAUCCUUGCCGCAUCUGUUGUUCGCCUCCGAUUGAGGAAGCAGCUGCUGAGGGAACCGCACAAGUUUAUGACACUAGAACACCACGACGCGCCGCCAGGAGACCGCGAAGCAGAGACAGCACCGGAUACGCAAGCUAUCUUGAGAUGCAUCGGAGAUCGCCUUCUUCGAGAAGAUCGUCUUGUAGGAGACGGUGAAUUUGACUAAAUCAACCGAUGAUCGAGUAAGGAUGAUUGAAAUUUAAGAUUAUUUAACUGAAUAAGUUUUCGAUUUAUAAGAAGCAUCAAAUAAAAUUUCGGGUUGUGUGAUUAUCACUGCAUAAAGAA